AUGGUAGGAGCUGCCGCAUGUUUAGCAGGUGUAACAAGAAUGACUGUAUCUUUGACUGUUAUCAUGUUUGAACUCACAGGUGCAUUGACUUAUGUUCUGCCAAUAAUGACAGCAAUUAUGAUUGCAAAAUGGGUUGCUGAUGGAAUUGUUAAACAUGGAAUUUAUGAUCUUUUAAUUGCUCUUAACGAUCAUCCAUUUUUGGAUUCCAAAGCGGA